CUUCUCAGUCGACACACCAGCUCAGUCGAUGGCGUAACUUCUGCGCGAGAGCGCGAGAGCUGCGCUGCUUUGCUUCGCUCCCUCGGGCCUGAGACGAAGAAGUCAUGCCCAAGAAGCCAGAGCACACCGUGGACUUCUUGCGAUGCGCCGACCUGCCGCCGCAGCAGGUGGCCUCGGAGCUCAGCCACGCGCUGCGGCUACGAGGCUAUGCCACCGUGAAGUUGGGCUCCUCCAAGGAGGGGCUGGAGUCCAUCUUGACGGCUGCCAAGGGCACCAAGGAUCAGCUGGAAGCGGUUCCUGAUGAGCUGCUGGACAGCUUCCUGGGCCCCAACGGCACCGGCGCCGUGGCGCAGCUGCGCGAGGCCGACGAUCUGCCGGAGGUCUUUCGAGAGAAGACCUCCAGGAUGCGCGCACUGGCGAAGGCCGCCUUGGAAGCCGAGGACAACUUGCCCAAGACGAUCGUCACCAAGGACUAUUUGGUCCAGGGCGGCGGCUGUGAGGGCGACGUGGAGCUCACUGAGGCCGAUUGCAGCGAGUGGAUUCAAACCUUGUCCCGUGCCAGGAUGAUGCUCAUCUACAUCUUUGGCAAGGGACAAGGUACCUUGGAGAUCAUGCCCUUCGGCGCCACCGAGGAGGUGGAACCCAUCGAAUUCGUGACGGAGUCUGAUGUUCUGGUGAUGCUCCACUCAGACAUCUCCUGGCACAAGCACGUAUCGACGCGGGGGACGUUCGCUCUGGUCUCGUGGGUUUUGGAUGGUGGGCCCUCCACGACCCGCGGCUGGAGCGGCGCCAUUUCCCGGACCUUUGGCGCCACGCAGCCGGCGGUGAAGGAGCUGCAGGAAUGGUCACAGGAUCGAAUGGAAGAGCUCGCCGCACUCCAUGCGGCGCAGCAGCUCGAGGCGCCGUUGCCACGGGAGUGGGAGCGGAUGGUGCGGCAUAGCUACUUCUCUGGGGAAAUCAUCCCCAUCGCGGUGACGGGCCAAGCUGGACACCAUGCGACCUCCAACAAUACCCAUUUGUGGUACAGCGCCAUGAUCAAUGGGACGGACAUGGUGAGUGAUGUGCCCUUCAGCCGCUGGGACCACGACACCGUGUUCGACCCCGAUCCCAAUUGCUGGAUGGAGUCGCAGAUGUAUUCCGGCGAAGGCAUGUUGUUGAAGACCAGCAUCCGACAUGCUCAGUUUGUUGAAGGUGUCGAGCUCUUCGACAACAAGUUCUUCCAACUCUCCUCCUUGGAGGCGGGUGGGAUGGAUCCGCAGCAACGGCACGUCUUGGAGACGAGCUACGAAGCGCUCUUCAACUCAGGCUAUCGGAAGGCUCAGCUGCAGCGUGCCUAUAUCGCGGUGUUCACGGGGGGUACUCACCCCGAGUACUCGUUCGUCCCCAAGGACGUCGGCGCGCUGAGCGGCACCGGCGCCUCCGCGGCCAUUACCUCGAAUCGUGUCUCGUUCUUGCUGGGGAUUAUGGGUCCCUCGACCACCAUCGACUGCGACUUGAGCUCCAGUGCCAUGGCCGUCGUCAUGGGCAACUCAGCCGUGUCCAAUCAGAACCCCCGGCGCAACAAGACCGGAGGCACCAGUUCGGCGGCCUUGGCCAGCGGCGUCUACUUCGUUCUGUCGCCCUUCAUGUGGCCGCGCUGGAACGCCUUCAUGAACCCCGCAGGCCGAAGCUUUUGCUUCGACCAGCAGGCGAAUGGCUAUGUCAUGGGCGAAUGUAGCAUCUCGACCGUCCUGAAACCCUACGCCGAGAAGGUGGAUGGCGAACUGCUGGUCUCCAAGGAUCCCUGCAUCGGCAGCAUGGUUGGAUGGCACGUGGUGAACAACGGCCGCAACGCCAGCAUGUCGGCGCCGUGCGGUCCCGCGGAGCAGGAGGUCAUCAGCGAGAGCUUCCGCAUGGCGAACUUGAGCCCCCUGGACGUGGACGCCAUGGAGUGCCACGCGGAGGGCGCCAAGUCAGCCGACUCCGUGGAGUUGGCGGCCUGCUGCACCGCGCUGCGCGGCAGCGGCACGGCCGGGGCGGAGGAGGAGAUGCUGAUCUUCGGCUCCUGCAAGAGCAACACCGGCGUGCAGCGCGAAGCUUGCUUCAUGUCUGCCUUCCUCAAGGUCUUGUUCAGCAUCACCUAUGGCAACAACUGUCCCAACCUCCACCUCAAGCAACUCAACCCCUACUUCGAGGCCUGUCCCCGGCAUCAUGACGAAGUCAGUGCCCAUGCAGGGAAACAUUGGGCCAUGUCAGGGCACAAAUGAAUCAGUCCCUAGUUGCUGCUUCUGAAUAUCAGGUGAUUGUUGGUGUUCUUUGUGAGUUUGCUCCCCUUCUGGGGAUGAUUUCUAUGUUCCCAGUCCCUUAAGCAAAUAUCCAAAGGAGACCCUUCACCGGAUUUUCACCCGAUGUUCACCGUUCUCCCGGUUCCGAAACAGCAAGUCGUCUAAGAUGACCACAUGCUACCUACACCCUGG